UUCUACUAUCCCCAUGAGGCUGGUGCGGAUGGACGCCGUCUGUUGGUGUCCGGUCUCUUUCCGAGGGCUGUCUUCUCCUCAGACCAUCGAGAUGACAAUGAGGCCAGCUGCAUUCUCCGGCCGGCGCGACUGUUUCGCAGCCUCACCGCGUUCCGUUCUGCCAUGGCCUGUCUCGGCGAGAAGACACCCACAGUCGGUCGGGAAGAUGUCGAGGAUGCUUGUAGCAACGACGCCUCUCCUUCUGGGUCGACUGCUUUGUCAUCACGAUUGCUUCUUUCGGAGCCAGUCGAGUCCAGACUGAGCCGACGCGGCCGAAUAACCUCGCCUGAUGCCAGGCACCACAGCUGGUUGACCACAAAGUCCAGCGGCCGCCCGUCUCAAAGGCUGCCGGGCAUUAUUGAUGAGAUCCUGAAUCACACCGAGGCACAGACCGGCAAGGUACCAACGCUACCAGCUAGUCCUGAUUCUCAACUUGAUGCUUCCCUCGAGCGAAAUUUAGAGUUUGCGAAGAAUGAUCUCCUGCACGGAGGUUCAGCAUCUGAGACGGAAAAGCUAGACCAUGAUCCGAUUCCACACCCCAAACUUGUUGAUAACACAAACGUUCCCACUCCUCGCCUACUCCAGACUACUAAUACUCCUGUCACUCCCAAUAGUAGCAAUGCCAUCUGCGUUUCUAUCACAUCCUCCAAUGUCACUCCCUCGUCAUCGGCUAAGAUCCUUCAAACUUCCGGGCCUUCCCGUCCCACAGAAUCAAACCAAGCAUCCAGGAGAUUAGUGUUGAGCCUUCUUACCGAUCAGAGAGCCCCAGCUUCCACAAACACUACGGGAAAAACUUGCCAAUCCAACUUAGCAGGUAUCCUAAACCCAUCGAGCGAAGUGCACUCUGAAAGUACUGCAUACUCACAGGGCUCAUUCGAGGUGGUAAAGACAAAGGGGAAAAGAGAAGAACAUGACAGCAGUUGCGAGCAGCAUGAGGAAGAUUCUGACGACGGAGCUGACGGUGAUGACGAGGAGGAAGAGGAAGAGACAGAGGAAGAUGAGGAGGAUGAAGAUGAAGGAGAAGAACAGGAAGAAGAGGCUCCAUACUACUUUGUGGCCGGUCACUUUGAUGCUAUCAGACAAUGCGUCACACAUUGGGAUCCUGAUGUUGCUAAGGCAUUGCAUCUUACAUGA